AUGACAGACGACUGCUUGCCAGAUAUAGCCUUGAGCAGCAUUACAGUGGACGGAGGACUUCUUCGCACAAACCACCAGCUACAAAUGCUCAAAGAUAAGCCUCCUUCAGUUUCCCGUGUCGUCAAUGUACUAAUCUCUCCCACCCUCCUUCUUGUCUCUUUGGCGAGUAGUAGUGUGGUGCUAAGACUGGCAAGGCUCAAUGACGAAGCCGACUACGAUACUGGCGAAACGUCUGACAAUGUACCAAAUCCACAGCCAGACUCUGGAGAUUAUUAUGCAUACUAUGGAUACCAGUCUUUCUACCAAUAUGACCAAGUUACGAAAACAAUGUCAAACAACAUUGGAGAUUCUUCAAAACCCAUUAUCUUUUCGGAUACGAAAUAUGAAUUGGCCUUAAUUCAGAACUCUAAACCAUGCUAUUCUCACUUGAUGACUUAA